AAAAAAACCUAAAAUCAUUAAUGUAUUCAUAAAUAAAUGUUAAAUAUGAAAAAAGUGUUCACUUAAAUCCCAUCAAAGUAUAAACAUGCUUACUUCCUUGCCCUCCAUAUGGCGUAAAACAACAAAUGACUACAAACACAGCAGCUGUUGGAAUUAGAAUAAUUAUUUUCGAACAUAAAUUUGAAUUGCAUAAAACAAAGCGUUAGGAAACUAAGAUUAGGUUAUAAACUACUCGACGUUAGAAACUGCUCGAUCUACACGAAUUAUGAACUGCAUGAAAUAUUAUAUACAAAAAAGGACAAACGAAUAUACAGUUGCAAACCGACCAGCGAAAAAGGUGUACACUUUCCCAUUCAAAUUUCCUCCAAAUAUCACAGCCAGCCCCUUUUCGUGAAUAUAUUUCACAUUUUUGGUCCUUCGAACCGGAUCGUGAUAUACGGAGAAGAAAUAAGUUUCAUUCUGCAUCAAGAGUGGAAUUCGGUAUUCGUCGUCAAGUGUGCAAGUCAUUCCGUGACAAUUCCCGCCAUCGCAUAUCGCCCCGCAUCAAGGGCAACGGUCGGUUACACGCCAUCAUUUUGAAUUUCGCGCAAUCGCUUUGUUCGUUAUUUUCGUGUGAUAUCGCAGUAUUUUCUUUGUGCAAUGGAUAAGAAAAUUAAAACAGUGCAACUGAAAAAGAGGAUCGCCCUGGAGAACAUAAAAUCGCUGGAACGGUUCCAGGCGAAAUAUUCGAGUGAUGAUGCCAAGCAGAUUCCGGAGGUGUUAGAAGAUCUGGCGAAACAUAAGGAAGAGUUUUUCACCGCAGUUUCGAAACUGGAAGAGCUUGAAGAUAAAGACGAAGCGGUCGAAGCCAGCAUAAUGGAACGGAUCGACAUUGAAGAACGCUGUCGCAAGCUAAAAUCAUUUCUACGGGAAAGACAGCCAAAGGAAGAAGGUUCGCUCAACGAUACAACGGGCUUGGCUUCCUCAACGCUUGCAUUCGGUCGACCCCACGCGCCAAAUUUACGUUUGCCCAAAAUCGAACUUCCAACAUUUGACGGAGAUCACACAAAAUGGCUUUCUUUCCGAGAUCGCUUCAUCGCAAUGAUCGACGCUUCAGCCGAGCUUCCAUCUAUCGCGAAGCUACAAUACUUACUGUCAUCGUUGAAGGGGGACGCGGCGGUACCCUUCGAGCAUACACCUUUAACGGCGGACAACUAUUCGGUUACCUGGGCGGCGCUUCUUAAACGGUACGACAAUUCUCGUCUUUUGAUUCGCGAAUACUAUCGCAAAUUGCACUACCUUCCGGGAGUGCAAUUGGUGUGCGUUGACAAGCUCACGCACCUGGUGGAUGAAUUCACCCGCUUCGUCAACGGGUUGAAAAAGCUGAACGAACCGGUUGACUCGUGGGACACACCCCUCUCAAACAUGCUGCUGAUGAAGUUGGAUCGAGAGACAUUGUUGGCUUGGGAGAAACAUUCCGUGCACUUCACGACGGACAAAUAUAAGGAUGUGAUCGACUUCGUGCAAGAUCGUAUCCAAAUCUUGAAAUCGACCAACAACUUCGUGAAGGAUCAAGCAGCUAGUGGUAUCAAGGUGGCCGGUCUCAUUCGUCAACCAGGGCAACGGAGAUUCAUCGCGAAUGCAGCUACAUCUCGCUCGGCUCCUGCUGCGUCGACUGCGCACACCCAACAGCCAAAGUGUCCAUUGGAGUGUUCCGAAGACCACACACUGCGCAACUGUCCAGUGUUCAUCGCCAAGGAGGUCCAACAGCGACGGGACGUCGUCGCAUCGAAGCGGCUGUGCUGGAACUGUUUGAGCAGCAAUCAUCAGGUUAGAGCGUGCAAGUCGGAUUAUUCGUGUCGCACGUGUCGUGAGCGUCAUCACACACUUCUACAUCAUUCACCACCCUAUGCUCCACCCGCAACGGUAACAUUGUCAGCUCAGUCGAAUGAAGACAAUGUGUUUCUGGCGACGGCAAACAUCCAGAUCAAGGAUGACUACGGGAACACCCAUGAAGCAAGGGCGUUGUUGGAUUCGGGAUCCAUGUCGAAUUUCAUCGCUGAGGAGUUCGCACGGAAACUGCUGACGAGUCGCAAAAGGGUCAACGUCGCUGUAUCGGGCAUCGGCAAUGCAGUACAGCAGAUCAAGGGUUCCAUCGUCGCUACCGUUCAGUCCAAGACACAACCCUUCGCAACGGAGAUGACUUUCUUGGUUCUGGACACGCCAUCCGCAAACAUCCCUACAUCACCAACGGACGUCUCUUCAUGGAAAAUGCCGGACGUGGCAUUGGCGGACAGCACCUUUAACAGUCCGGGGCAAAUCGACAUCGUCAUCGGAGGCGAUACGUUCUGGGAGCUCCACACCGGUCGCAAGCGCUCUAUCGGUAGAGGCAAACCGUGGCUGGUCGAAACCCACUUUGGUUGGGUUGUCACCGGCAACACUCAUCAUUCGUCAGUCGGUCCGCGGCUGUGCCAUCUAUCUGCAUACGACACCCCACUGGAGGAGACCAUGCAGCGGUUCUGGGAGAGUGAAACCAUAGCCGAGGAUCCUGUGCUAUCGGUUGAGGAGAAUGCUUGCGAGAAGCAUUUCGCAGCAACAACUGUUCGCAACUCAAGUGGAAGGUAUGUCGUUAGUUUGCCAUUUAACUCCAACCCUAAUAUCGUUUUAGGAGAGUCGAAGGAAAUAGCCGAUCGCAGACUGCGUUCUAUCGAACGGCGGUUGAACACCAAUGCUAAAAUGAAAGAAGAGUAUGUGAAAUUUAUGAAAGAAUAUGAGCAUUUGGGGCAUAUGAAGCGGCUUACCAGUCCUGCAAACGAUUCGGUAGAGCAUUACUACCUCCCACAUCACGCUGUCGUUAAAGAGUCAAGCACAACCACGAAGGUGCGUGUCGUGUUCGAUGCAUCCUGUAAGACUUCGAGUGGUUACUCAUUGAACGAUAAACUCUUAGUGGGACCAGUCGUUCAAGAAGAUCUUUUAUCGAUUAUCCUUCGGUUUCGUUCUCGUGCCAUUGCUCUCACUGCAGACGUAGAGAAGAUGUAUCGGCAAAUUUUACAUAGCCCUCAUGACCGUAACUAUCUACGCAUCCGGUACAGAGAACAUCCUGCAGAUCCUAUAUCGACCGUUGAGCUACAGACGGUUACGUACGGCACAGCCUCUGCUCCAUUUUUGGCAACCAGGACCCUCAAACAGAUUGCUCUUGACCACAAGGAAGAGUAUCCUUUGGCAAUGAACGCGGUCAUGAACGAUUUUUACGUAGAUGAUUUGCUAACGGGUACCGAUGAUUUGUCCGAAGCAAUCGUUAUACAAAGGCAAAUCUCAGACAUGCUAAAUUCAGCUGGUUUCACGCUGAAGAAAUGGGCAUCGAACCGCUCCGAAGCAUUGAAGAACGUUCCUUCAGAAGAUGUGGCGGUACAACUCUCGCACGAGUGGAAGAGCUCGAAACAAGUAUCCACACUAGGCAUCGUUUGGGAACCGGCAACUGAUACACUACGGUUUCGUAUUGAGAUACCACCUACAACACCCUGCAUGACGAAAAGGUUAAUUUUGUCAUAUAUCGCCAAGAUAUUUGAUCCCCUCGGGCUACUGGGCCCAACGAUCAUCAUCGCAAAGAUGUUCAUGCAGCAACUAUGGGCUCUCAAGAUUCAUGGAAAGGCAUAUGACUGGGACAGCGAGCUACCAUCGCACUUACAGCAUGAAUGGUCGAAAUUUCACUCUACAUUAUCUUCACUACGCAAUUUGACAGUCCCACGGUACAUAUCGCAAUGCACGGCAACAAGUCUGCAAAUUCAUAUCUUUGCUGACGCAUCACAACUAGCAUAUGGUGCUUGUUGCUACAUUCGGGCUGAAAGCAUGGAAGGAGUCACCGUGCAGCUGCUAACAGCCAAGUCAAAGGUCGUUGCGUUAUCCAAUUCACAUUCCAUAGCUCGAUUGGAAUUAUGUGCAGCACGACUAGCCACACUUCUUUACGAGAAAGUCCAGCAAUCACUGAAAAUUUCUGCUACCACCAUCUGUUGGACCGAUUCCAUGACUGUCCUUCACUGGCUGAAUUCAGCACCAAAUCGAUGGAAGCCCUUCGUUGCAAACAGGGUUGCAAAAAUUCAGCACACAGCUGGAAUACAAUGCUGGAAGCAUGUUCCAGGCUCGGACAAUCCAGCAGACGACAUUUCGCGAGGUUUAACGCCGGAAAAGUUGCUAGUGUGUGAGCGCUGGUGGCACGGGCCACAUUGGUUAGCACGCAACUCGGAAGAAUGGCCACAGAACACACCAUCACCAAGCGAAGAUGAGAGCGCAGAAGAAGAAAAACUAUCGUCACGGGUUGCAAGCACAGCAUUAAUCUGCGAAUUUCGAAACAGUUUGUUCUCACGAUUUUCGAUCUACCACAAACUGCAAAGAGUUGUUGCACAUUGUUUGCGCUUUAUACAAAACGCAAAGCGCCGCGUAGGAAACAAGGUCCAUGCUAAGGAUAUCCCACCGCUCACUGUAGACGAACUCAAGGCGGCAGAACUCAAGUUGUGUUAUCUUUCGCAACAAGACACCUUUUCCGAGGAGUUACAACACCUGCAGAAGGGCAAAGAGAUUCCGAAGAACUCCAAACUGAAAUGGAUUUCCCCUUUCAUAGAUACGCAAGGUAUUCUGCGCAUUGGUGGCCGGCUCAGUAACGCACAUCUGUCGGAAUCAGAAAAACACCCGGUAAUAUUAUCAUCGAAACAUCCACUGUCCGCACUACUAGCUGUUUCGAUACACUUGAGUAAGCUGCAUGCUGCACCACAACUGCUUUUAACAACACUACGCCAAAGCUUUUGGAUAAUUGGCGGUCGCAAUUUAUGCAAGUCUGUGUACCACAGUUGCCACGCAUGUUUUAAGGCCAAACCCACACUUAUUAAGCAAAGUAUCGCCGAUUUGCCAACAUCACGAGUCACACCAACAAGACCAUUCUCAGUAUGCGGAGUAGACUAUUGCGGACCAAUCUAUAUAAAACAAACCAUACGCAACAGAAGUCCGAUUAAAGCAUACAUCGCCAUAUUUGUAUGUUUUUCAACAAGAGCGGUACAUAUCGAACUGGUUGGCGAUUUAACAUCAACAGCAUUUAUCAAUGCACUUCGUCGUUUGAUUGCACGUCGUGGUCAAAUCAGUGAACUGCAUUCCGACAAUGCAACCACCUUUAAGGGAGCGGCACAUGAGCUGAAUCGCGUCUACAAGAUGCUAAAGAGCGACGAACACGAUCGAGCUGCUAUAUUUGAUUGGUGCGCGAUGAAUCAUAUGAAGUGGAAGUUUAUCCCACCAAGAGCACCACAUUUUGGAGGUUUAUGGGAGGCGGCGGUGAAGGCAGCUAAAAAGCAUAUAGUCAGAACAAUAGGAACAACAAGCAUCACACAGGAGAGCAUGCUUACCCUACUUGCCCAGGUAGAGCAAUGUUUGAAUUCGCGACCAAUUACACCUCUAUCCGAUGAGCCGUCGGACUUGGAACCAUUGACACCGGGACACUUCCUCGUCGGUGGCAAUCUGCAAGCGGUACCAAUCAUCGAUUACACCGAGACACCGAGCAACUAUUUGAGGGAAUACCAGUUGGUACAAAAACAUCUGCAAACCAUUUGGGCUCGAUGGUAUCCGGAGUACCUGCAGCAGUUACAAGCUCGAGCCAAAUAUUGCAACGGGAAAUCAGCGGUUCUGAAAGAAAAUACACUGGUGAUUAUUAAGGAAGACAAUGUACAUCCUACCUCGUGGCCGAUGGGGCGCAUCGUUGCAGUACACCCUGGAAAGGACGAUGUUGUUCGCGUCGUUACACUGCGCACUGCUUCAGGGAAGCAAAUCGUCCGCGCAGCUAAUCGUCUGGCGGUUUUGCCUAAUCCGGACGUAAUUAGCAACUUAGAGCAGAAGGAAACCACUGGCACUGAGUAACGCGCAGCUGCAAGCCACGCGACAUUGUUUACAUUUCGCACUCAUGGCAGAACAAGAUACACGCAACACACAUUCACACAUCUACACACACGAGCAGUAUGAUAGGAGAUAAGCGUCAGGUUCAAGAGUCGAACUGUUUUUGAAUUCUUUUUUGAAAUCAUUUUUGGAUUUAUAUUUUGCAUGAAAUUUAAAGAAGUUCUUCUUUGGUGGCCGGGAAUGUUGGAAUUAGAAUAAUUAUUUUCGAACAUAAAUUUGAAUUGCAUAAAACAAAGCGUUAGGAAACUAAGAUUAGGUUAUAAACUACUCGACGUUAGAAACUGCUCGAUCUACACGAAUUAUGAACUGCAUGAAAUAUUAUAUACAAAAAAGGACAAACGAAUAUACAGUUGCAAACCGA